AUGUCUCGACAAAGCUACACGGCGUUUCAGAGACAUCUACUGUUCUUCUCAACACCCACAAAUCCACCAAGACUCACCUUCGUCUCCGCUUUGAAGGGGGCAUGCGCACUUGGCCUCGACUUCCCGGUGUCGGUGAUGCUGAGUCUGGGAUUGAAGUUAAUAUACACGCCUUUCAGCCUAUCGGGCAUCAACAUUAACGAGAUCCCACAAUCGUCGCAUCGGAGCCAACUGAGCAAUGUCACGCUGCCAACAGCCAAACAAGAGUUCACGUGCUCUGAGCUUCUGAGGCUACUUGAUCAGGAACGCAAUCCAGGGUUUCUGAAGCAUAAGAUCGACCAGGGACAUAUCGUUGGCUUCUGGAGUAUGGCUGCGAAUACGCGUACACAUACCGUCAGCAGAGACGAUGUUGAGCGAUUCCAGCAAGGAGAAUGGGAAAAGGAGGUUACAGAGCGGAGACACAACUCAGAGGAGAUUCUGCCGCUUUGGAGAGGAGGGCCGAUUUGGGCAGGGGGUCAUAGCUGGGCUGUUGAUAAGCUGCUCGGUGUGAAAGUGUACAAGUCGAAGGAUGAGUGA